UACUGUGGGUGUGCUCGAGGCGGCCCUGGAGGACAAGGAGCUGACCGACGAACUAUUGAGAAGGUGUGCAUAUGGGGGACUCGACGGAGAGCCCGAAACAACCACUAUGACGGAGGUAGCCGAUGCGAAGUCUGCCAGCUCAUCCACCAAAAGUCCCGGUACUGCCAGCGAAGUCGUCGAUGCCAACAAAAACUAUGGUGGUGGUGGUGUCGUCGUGGUCGAGAUCUUCUCGAAGCUGAGGAAGACACGGUUGCUUAUCUGA